GUAGCCAUUGCUGUGUUGUGAAGUUCGGUUUGUUAAUUUCAUAUCCGAAUUCAUCAUGGGCAUUGAAAAUCAUCCGACAUCGAAAUUCGGAGAACUUCAAUCGUCAAUUCUUAGUGCAUGGUACUAAACUAAGAAAUAAAAUGUUUGUGUUCGUAGCUAAAUAAAAUGAGGAUUUUUCGUGAGUGGGUUCCCCAGUCCCAGGGAAGACAGCCGUAACAUCAAGGGAAAGCUUCUAAGAGGCGUAGUGUAAAUUGUGUUUUAAAACUAUUAGAUCCUUCUGCUGUAGUAAGAUGGCUUGAUUCAGUGGUUGUUACAUCUAUGGUGUUGUCUCGUUCUCUGACACAUCUGUCAUCAGGAGUGUGGACAGAAUGCAGCAGGUCGAGACAACAACUCCUAAUAACACAAACACAACAAACUCCGCAGUGGUGGCAUCGAGACCAUCAGAGGGGGCGGUGGCGGCGGCUGCCGGGGGGACCAACUCUAGUGCCAGUGAUCCCCUGCCUCGCAAGGAGCCGCCGCCACGGGACGAGCCCCGCUUGGAGCCUGUCAAUGGUGUGGUGCAGCCUCCGUUUAUCCCCCCGCCUGACCGUCCCGGCCGCAACACCAACCAACUCCAGUACAUCGCCAAGUUUGUGCUGAAGCCUGUGUGGAAACAUCAGUAUGCCUGGCCUCUACAACAGCCCGUGGACGCCAAUAAACUUAAUCUUCCAGACUACCACAAAUUAAUAAAAUGUCCAAUGGAUUUGGGGACAAUCAAGAAACGAUUGGAAAAUAAUUACUAUUGGAGUGGCAAAGAGUGCAUCCAGGACUUCAAUACAAUGUUUACAAAUUGCUAUGUAUACAAUAAACCGGGUGAAGAUGUCGUUGUGAUGGCUCAAACUCUGGAGAAAUUGUUCCUUACAAAGGUUGCUGGCAUGCCAAAGGAGGAAAUAGAGUUGGACCCGCCACCUCCAAAGGGUCAAAAGAAUGCGAAGAAGAAAACGGUUGGUAGAGGCAGAGGAGCCGGGGGUGUGGUGGUGGGAGGUGCGGGGCCUGCGAGGGGUCGUCCUGCCUCUGGUGCCUCUCCUGGUACCAUCCCUGUCACCAACUCCACAUCUCUCCCCGCCGCGGCCCCACACCUGCCAUCUCCCAUACCCGGCUCCACUGCUACCACCACCGUUCCGACUACGCAUGCCACUCACAACUCUCUACCCCAGCAGGUCGCUGCGCCAGCUGUAGGCAGCUACACGGCGCAGCCUGCUGUCGACGUCGCCCCGGCUCUAGUUGCUGGCAACAACGCCGUGGCUAACAGAGGGGGUAAGGGUAUCAUCAUUCCUCCCACGACACCCACCAAAGUAAAAAAAGGCGUCAAGAGAAAGGCGGAUAGUUUAACGCCAACACCGCCAGUCACCCCCGUCACCCCUGCAGCGUACGACCCCCUAUACGCUCCCGCCGAUGCCAAAGCGGCUAAAGUUGGCACACGAAGAGAAUCCGGAAGACAAAUAAAGAAACCUCAGAGGGCAGAAGACAGUGUGCCAUAUGUUCAACAAGCGUCAAUGACACCCAAUUCAUCAAGUCAGACCUCCAAUGAUAAACCUAAGCUUUCAGAAGCGUUGAAAGCAUGUAAUGACAUCCUCAAAGAGCUCUUUUCAAAAAAGCACUCAGGAUAUGCUUGGCCUUUCUACAAGCCAGUAGAUGCUGAGUGGCUCGGUCUACAUGAUUACCAUGAAAUUGUCAAGAAACCCAUGGAUCUUGGCACAGUGAAAACGAAGAUGGACAACCGAGAAUACAGGACGGCCCCUGAGUUUGCUGCUGACGUUAGAUUAAUAUUUACCAAUUGUUACAAGUAUAACCCACCUGACCACGACGUAGUUGCAAUGGGAAAGAAGCUCCAGGAUGUUUUUGAAAUGAGGUUUGCCAAGAUCCCUGACGAGCCAGCACUGGCCGCCGGGGCUCUAGUUGCUGUUGAACCUAACUCAACCAGUUCCUCUGGGUCUUCCUCUGGUUCGGAUUCAGAGUCAGAUGAUUCUGAAGAUGAACGAGCAAGGAAACUUCUGCUUCUUCAAGAACAGCUUAAAGCGAUGCAGGAGCAAAUGAGAAAGUUGUUAGAAGAAAGCAGUCAUAAAAAGAAAAAGAAGAAACACAAGGAAGGAUCUAGUAGCAGUGUCGGGACAAACUCGAGUAAAAAGAGUAAAAAACCGAGUAGUGCUGAUAGAUCGUCAGUGAAAAGUGUUGGGGGUGUGCUUGUGAACGAUACUGUGGGUGCUAAUAUCACAAAUGUUCCGCUGGGAACGGACAUGAAGCCCGUGCUGGACAAGGGUAGUACGCUUGUGGGGGCUAGGGCUCCUCCUGUCGCGCCCCCGCCAAGCAAAGGACCUAAGAGCAAAGGGGGUGCCAGAGGUAGUGGGAAAGGAGCAAACGCACAAAGUAAACGGCCUAAAGCCAACUCCAGGUCGACAAAUUCUAAGAAAAAGAAUGCUGUAUCAUUAUCUACGUUUGAUUCUGAGGAUGAAGACAACGCCAAACCUAUGUCUUACGAUGAGAAGAGACAGCUUAGCCUGGAUAUCAACAAACUACCUGGUGAUAAAUUGGGUAGAGUUGUUCACAUUAUCCAAUCUCGAGAACCAUCGCUUAGAGACUCGAAUCCGGACGAGAUUGAGAUUGACUUUGAGACAUUGAAGCCUUCCACACUGAGGGAACUAGAGUCAUACGUCGCCACCUGUCUUAGGAAAAAGCCACGUAAGCCUUACUAUAAAAAACUAUCUGGUAAAUCCAAAGACGAACAGAUGGCGGAAAAGAAACAGGAACUAGAAAAAAGACUACAAGACGUAACUGGACAACUUGGCACUGCCAAAAAACAGGCCAAGAAAGAGUCCAGUAACAACAAGAGUGUUGAUGUGGUUGGUGGACCAUCGAGGCUCUCUGCGUCAAGUUCGAGCAGUUCGGACUCAGAUUCCAGCAGUUCCAGUUUAUCCAGUAGUUCUUCUGAAUCUAGCGAUUCGGAAGGAGGACGCAAUGGUAGACCACCAAGGAAGAAAAACAAGAAAAAUCAUCAAACGGAACAAACUGGUCCAGUUCCAAACCUGACUAUGAGCACUGCCUCGGGCCAAAUAGUUAACAGAUCUCAACCUCCUCAUACGGCUCGGAAAACGACAACUCCAGCUCCGGUGGUCCCUGUCACGCCCCAGCCUGACUCUGCCAAGAAGCCGCCCGUGGUAGCGAGUCACUCGUUGCCGGCACAGCCUGCGCGACCGACGCCCCUGGCCACAGCUGCUCCCAUCGCAGCCAAGAGGCCGUCAACCAAUCAGGUGAUCACACCGACCACCAUGCCGGCCAACCCGCCCACACUGGAUCUUCAAGGUGCAAUAUUAGAUGUUAAGUCGGAGUUGGUAGAGCAGCCCGCCACUACUGUCGUGCCAGAGCCUGUUGAGAUGGUCAAGAAAGAGCCACUUGAAUCGACACUGGCUGUUCUACCUUCUGUGUUCGACCCCUUGCCAGAAAGUCCUAAGGAAGAAAAGCCCAUCCUGCCCAUGCAGGUUCUUCCUCAUCCAAACGAUGGCAUGGUAAACAAUUCCGUGCCAGUGACUAACAACUCAUUGCCGGUGCCAGCGCCAGUGCCAGUACUUGUACCCGCACCGAUGCCAGUCACUGACAUGAACAAAAACUCUACUCCUACCACCAACAACUUCGCUGCUGCUUUCAAUCCAAAGACGGAGCCUAACGUCAAGAACGCCAGUUCAUGGUCGUCACUGGCGCAGUCUCCGACCACCAAUGCAGUACCAGGCGCACCAGCUGCUGCUGUUGGACCCAAGGCCUUAGCUGACCAGUUUCAAGCAUUUAAAAAACAGGCUAAGGAAAAAAUGCUAAAGCAAAGAGCCUUGAUAGAACAGCAGGAGAUGAGGAGGCAACAGAAAGAACAAGCGGAGAGGGAACGGCUCAGGCUGGAGAACGAGAGACGGAGGGAGAAAGAAGAAGAGGAGGCUCUGGAAAAAGCGAGGAAAACUGCGGCAGAAGCGGCUAGAGUAGAGGAGGUGAAGGUUGUGGUGCCGGAGAAGACUGGCAGUCCAGGCGGGGCUGUAGACAAAUCUGCGGCGGAGAGAGAGAGACAGCGACUACGAGAGCAGGAGCGGCGGCGACGCGAGGCUAUGGCGAGCCAAAUAGACAUGAACAUGCAGAGUGACUUAAUGGCUGCGUUUGAGGAGUCCCUGUAAUAUGGAGCUUAAGUGGACAUAGUGUUGUUUGUAUUUAGAGAACUUUUGCCUUUGUAUUUUUCUGUAAAUAUAAUGAUCGACAUUUGUGAUGGAAUCGAAUUUAUAUUUUGUUUUAACUGUGGAACACUUAAAAUCUAUUAUGUAUCAAUUAUAAUAGUUAUAAAAACUCGUGUUUGGUCAUUCAACAAUGCUGGUAGUUUUCAAAUGAGGCCUAACAGUAGUGUUAAAGUGCUCAAGUCAAGACACCGAGAUGCGGAGAUCCCUACCAUGCAGAAGCAAGUGAAACUUUCAUUUUAUACAUCAUGUGUAUAUUUCAUACGUAUCGGUUUUUAUUUGUUGAUAUUUUUUGUGAUUUAUAAUGUAACAUAUUGUUCUAAUAAAAUUACUUUACAAUUUUGUAAAAAUUGUUACAUAGAUCAUGUUGAAUUCAGAUUAAAAUCAAUAGCGGCAUUUCCUAUUAAAAUGGAUAAACAAAAAUUAAAUGUUAUCGCUUAAGUAGGACUUGUGCAAUAAUAAAUAAGUUGUAAUAUUAUGUACUGCUCACUAAAACUAUGAACUUUUAUAGUACUGUGUUUUGAUUUAGACUAAAGAGAAAUUCUCGGGACAAAUUAUUGCUUUAGUUUCACAAAUUGUGUGUUUCACUCGAGUUAAUUUCACUUUUUUGACAUAUUUUUAUGCACAAUAUUGCUAUUAAUGGUAAGUUUGUUUAUGGAUGUAAAUAUACAUUUAGACUAACAUUGAUCAUUUUCGUUUCAAAUAAAAUCAGUGUUAAAAAUAUCAUUGUCAAUGGCCAAUGGAUUAUUUUGCGUGGUACGGACAAAUCAUAAAUAAUGUAUCAUAGUAAUAUUUAAUGGGUGUCCAUUACAACUGUGUAUAAAUAAUAAAUAUCUGUAUUAUAAGACUUAGAACUUUUAAUUUGUUUGUAUCGAUAGGGGCUGUAAAUUUUAAUACAAUACAAAUUGUUAAUAAUUAUAUAGAGUUUUGACUAAAAUUAGUUGCUAUUGUAAACACAAUUUUGUUGAUACAUAAUUUAACCUUUACAAUUGUCAUUUAGCGAAAGUAAGUCAAAUUCUUGUAGAGUGUUUAUUUAAGUAUUUAUUUUAUUUUUGUAUAAAUUUUAUGUUGCUAUUUUCAGUGGUAAGUGCCAUUGAUUGGUGUACUUAAAAUGUACACUUGCAAUACAGAAGUUUUUAUUUGUUUAUUGAUUUAUAAAUCACUGUAAGAGGUUGUAUUAUGAUAUAAAAUAUGGAUUCAUGUUUUCAAAAAAUAACAAGUGAAUUUUGACUCUUGAUUUUUUAUGAACCAUUCCCAUAUUUUUACACUUUGGUCCUCUAUAUUAUUCUUCUAGUGUUCAUGUAAAUCUCUCAUAAUAUUAAUGACAUAUAGUUAUUUUAAUGGAGUUAGUCAUAAAUUAUCAAAUAUUUAGAAACAAUUUGUGACCAAAUUUAAUUAUUAGAGGUUUUAUACAUCCUUUUAACCAACCAAGUUUCUUUGUAAGCUUACAUUCCCUACAUUGAUUCACAUACGUUGUGAAAUUAGAAUGAGGGAAUCCAAUCUAAAAAGUUAAUGUUUCAUAUACGGCUAAUUUUUUAUUUACAAUUUCAAAAAUUGUUUUUACAUUGAAUAGGUAUUUGUGUUGUCAAACAUUAAAUGUAAAGUUUACUUUUAAAAUAAGGUCUUUGAGAGCGUACUCGCUAGUCCAAAAAGUUGUUAUCAUCCUCCCCCUCCACCCAACUUCCUUCUACUGUAGCAUUCCCUAUGUUGCGUUACCUCAAUAAUACCUCGAAUUUCAGCCAUGUCUUUUCUGACUGAUUUCAGCACUAAUAAAAUUCAUUUAUUUGAAAAGUAAA